CAAUACACUGGCAUUUGCACUUUGGGCGAUUAUUUCAUUUAUCAUCGAAAAAAAUCAAACUUUCUGCUUUUCCACCGAAUAGAAGUAUAUAUAUAUACACCGGCCCGGCAGCAUUAUGAGCACACCCGUUACACCAGACACCGACGCAAUGGCUGCCGCUGUCAUCGCCCCAUUCUCCCUGGCCAACAACCAGUUCUCCCUGGAUCUGUACGGGAAUUUAAUUGCCAGUAAACCCCGCAAUGAAAACGGUUUCCUCUCGCCGUUCAGCGUCAUGGCUGCACUGUCGAUGGUCAAUGUCGGUGCCAAGGGCAAAACCAAGCAGCAGAUCCUCAAGGCCACCCAUCUAGACAAGAUGAACGACACCUUUAUCGACAGUGCCUUCAUGUCGUUGUUCACUCGCCUGGAAGUCCAUACCGCCCCCUCAACCGCCCCUGCCACACCCCCCGACGAAUGGGCACGCCAGACGCCGUAUUUAGCCAUCGCCAAUCGCGUGUAUCUGCAGAAGGGGUUCAGUUUUAAGCAGGAAUUCGGGGAUGUGCUGAAGAAUUUCUAUCAGACGACGUUCGGUGAGGCGGAUUUUGCGGGUAAUGCACAGCAGGCGACACGCGACGUCAACCAGUGGGUGGAGAGUGUCACCAAUCAUCGCAUUCAGAAUCUCUUCAGCCAGAUUGAACCGAGCGUGAAGUUGGCGCUGGUCAGUGCGAUUUAUUUCAAAGCCGAAUGGGAGGACCAUUUCCAGAAAGAGAUCACCCAGAACGGGGAUUUUUUCGGGGAGGGGAACACCUUCAAAAAUGUACCGUUUAUGAAGCAGACUGAUGACGAAGCAAAAUUCGCCAAAUUGGCGGAUGUGGAUGCUACCGGCUUAAUUAAGCCGUACGCCCACGGAGCUGUCCACAUGCUGUUCAUUCUGCCCAAUAAGAAGGACGGGCUGGCCGCGCUGGAGAAGAAGCUCCGCCCCGCUCACUUUGAUAUCAGCAAGUACCAGAGGGCGGAAGUGGAGAUCACGUUGCCCCGGUUUAAGAUCGAAAGUGAUUUCAACCUCAAUGCUGCUUUAAAACAAAUUGGUAUUGUCGAUGCCUUCCAGGAUAAUGCCGAUUUCAGCGGGAUUUCCACGCAACCACUGAAGAUAUCAGAAGUGGUGCAUAAGACAUUUGUCGAGGUCAAUGAGAAAGGAACCGAAGCGGCGGCAGCAACCGGCAUGAAAAUGGUGCCGUUAUCGGCAGUAUUCUUCCCGGAAGAUAUGAAGAAAGUGUUCAAAGCUGACCAUCCUUUCUUGUUCGCCAUCCAGCACCGCGAAACCGGCGCUAUCUUGUUCAUCGGACGCGUGUCCAAUCCCAGUCCCGCCUAGAGAUGGCUGCACUACUUUUGGUGAACGAGUAAGGGCGAACAUUCUCGCGAACACUGUCUUUGGCGCAAAUUAUACAGCUUUUUUUAUUUGUAUCCCCUAAGGAGUUGUUAAGUAAUUUUGCCGCAAUUAAUUCUGCCGCAAUUUGACCAAAUCAUCUUAUAUUAUCACCUGCCGCGGUCAGUAUUUUUUUUCUUUACUGAUAGUGAGUAACAUCCAUAACGCAAACCCGUUACAGAUCCAUAAUCUCGCUUAUUGUCAUCAUUGUAAGCUACAGUAAUCAAGAGUUCAUCAUUCAUUGCUCUCGGAUGCGGUGCUGAAUAAAAUUAAAACACUUUCUCUUA